GACUGCCGGUCGCCUGGAGCGCCAGCUGGGCCGCGGCGAUGUUGCCGCUGACGGUGAACUUCAAGGUGUCGUCCCGCACCCUCACCGGGGCCCUCAACGCCCACAACAAGGCGGCGGUGGACUGGGGCUGGCAAGGUUUAAUUGCUUAUGGAUGUCACUCGCUCGUGGUGGUGAUCGAUUCCAGUACUGCCCAGACUCUUCAAGUUUUAGAAAAGCAUAAAGCUGAUGUUGUGAAGGUUAAGUGGGCCAGAGAAAAUUACCACCAUCACAUUGGCUCACCGUAUUCCUUGCGCCUAGCUUCUGCCGAUGUCAGUGGGAAAAUCAUCGUUUGGGAUGUGGCAGCAGGCGUAGCUCAAUGUGAGAUCCAGGAGCAUGCCAAGCCUAUUCAGGACGUUCAGUGGUUAUGGAGCCAGGAUGCCUCCCGAGAUUUACUGCUUGCUAUCCACCCGCCAAACUACAUCGUGCUCUGGAAUGCAGACACGGGUACCAAGCUCUGGAAGAAGAGCUACGCAGACAACAUACUUUCCUUUUCUUUCGACCCUUUUGACUCCUCGCACUUAACUUUGCUCACUAGCGAGGGUAUUGUGUUCAUCUCCGACUUCUCCCCAUCCAAGCCUCCCUCGGGCCCCGGGAAAAAGGUCUACAUAUCCAGCCCACACUCCAGCCCAGCUCAUAACAAGCUGGCCGCAGCCACGGGAGCCAAGAAGGCUCUCAAUAAAGUCAGAAUCUUAAUCACGCAAGAGAAACCCAGUGCUGAGUUCAUAACUCUCAACGAUUGUCUUCAGCUGGCCUAUCUGCCUUCCAAACGGAACCACAUGUUGCUACUGUAUCCUCGAGAGAUUUUAAUCCUUGACCUUGAGGUGAAUCAAACCGUGGGUGUGGUUGCCAUAGAGCGAACAGGAGUCCCAUUUCUGCAGGUGAUACCCUGCUUUCAGCGUGAUGGCUUAUUUUGCCUACAUGAGAAUGGCUGUAUAACUCUACGUGUUCGAAGAUCUUAUAAUAAUAUUUUCACCACUUCAAAUGAGGAGCCAGAUCCCGAUCCUGUCCAGGAGCUCACCUAUGACUUACGCAGCCAGUGUGACGCAAUCCGGGUGACGAAAACCGUCCGCCCCUUCAGCAUGGUGUGCUGCCCGGUUAACGAGAACGCGGCGGCCCUCGUCGUGAGCGAUGGCAGGGUCAUGAUAUGGGAGCUGAAGUCAACCCUUUGUAACCGAAGUUCACGGAGCAGCAGCUCUGGCGUGUCCCCUUUGUACUCCCCGGUGUCUUUCUGUGGGGUUCCAGUAGGAGUGCUGCAGAGUAAGCUCCCCGACCUCUCCCUGGACAACAUGAUCGGGCAGAGCGCCAUUGCUGGGGGAGAACGUCCCACAGGCUCCGCUCUGCAGGAAGUGCACCUCAGGUUCCUGCUCACAGGGCUGGUCUCUGGGCUGCCCUCCCCACAGUUCACAGUCCGCAUGUGUCCACCACUGACCACAAAAAACAUCAAGGUGUAUCAGCCACUGCUUGCGGUUGGCACGGGGAACGGCUCUGUCCUGGUCUACCACCUCACCAGCGGGCUGCUGCACAAGGAGUUAAGCGUCCAUUCCUGUGAAGUCAAGGGUAUCGAGUGGACGAGUUUGACUGGCUUUCUGUCUUUUGCUACCUCAACACCAAACAACAUGGGAUUAGUGAGAAAUGAGCUUCAGCUGGUUGAUCUUCCAACAGGCAGGAGCAUUGCUUUUCGAGGAGAACGGGGCAGUGAUGAAUCGCCCAUCGAAGUGAUCAAAGUAUCUCACUUGAAGCAGUAUUUGGCAGUUGUAUUCAAAGACAAACCCCUGGAGUUAUGGGACAUUAGGACUUGCACUAUUCUUAGAGAAAUGUCCAAAAACUUCCCUGUAAUAACCGCUUUGGAGUGGUCGCCAUCUCACAACCUGAAGAGCCUGAGGAAGAAGCAGCUGGCCACCCGGGAGGCCAUGGCCCGGCAGACCGUGGUCUCGGACACUGAGCUGAGCAUCGCCGAGUCGUCUGUGAUUGGCCUGCUGCAGGAGGCAGAGAGUAAGUCUGAGCUCAGCCAGAACAUCUCCGCGAGGGAGCAUUUCGUGUUCACCGAUAACGAUGGUCAGGUUUACCACUUCAUUGUCGAGGGCAACUCUGUGAAAGACAGUGCGUGGAUCCCGCCCGACGGAAGCAUGGGCAGCAUCACCUGCAUUGCCUGGAAAGGCGACAUGCUCGUCCUCGGAGAUGUGGAUGGAAAUUUAAAUUUUUGGGAUUUGAAAGGCAGAAUAUCCAGAGGGAUACCCACACACCGAAGCUGGGUGAGGAAGAUUCGCUUUGCCCCUGGCAAAGGAAACCAGAAGUUAAUAGCGAUGUACAAUGAUGGAGCUGAAGUGUGGGACACUAAGGAGAUGGUGAGCAGCUUACGGAGCGGGAGGAACGUGACCUUCCGGAUACUGGACGUGGACUGGUGCAUGUCAGAUAAAGUGAUCCUGGCGUGUGAUGACGGGUGCAUCCGUGUUCUUGAGGUGUCCAUGAAGUCUGCGUGCUUCAGGAUGGAUGAGCAGGAGCUGACUGAGCCCGUGUGGUGCCCCCACCUCCUUGUUCCGAGAGCCUCCCUCGCCCUGAAGGCUUUCCUGCUGCACCAGCCAUGGAAUGGACAGUACUCUCUGGAUAUUUCUCAGGUCGAUUAUCCAGAGAAUGAAGAGAUAAAGAGCCUCCUCCAGGAACAGCUGAGCUCGUUGUCUAACGACAUAAAGAGGCUCUUGCUUGAUCCCGAGUUCUCUCUCCUGCAGAGAUGUCUGCUCGUUUCCAGGCUCUAUGGGGACGAGUCAGAGCUGCACUUCUGGACAGUGGCCGCCCACUACCUGCACAGCUUGUCCCGAGGGAAGGAGAGCACAGGGACCACACAGGGAGCGGCCCCUCAGGACAGAGCGAGCAACCCACUGGACAUAUGCUAUGAUAUACUCUGUGAAAACGCCUACUUUCAGAAAUUUCAGCUGGAAAGGGUUAAUCUGCAGGAAGUUAAACGGUCGACUUACGAUCAUGCGCGGAAAUGCACGGACCAGCUACUUCUCCUGGGCCAAACAGACAGAGCUGUGCAGCUGCUCCUGGAAACGAGUGCGGAGAACCAGCAUUACUACUGUGACUCCCUAAAAGCCUGCUUGGUCACCACCGUCACCUCCUCGGGCCCCUCCCAGAGCACCAUCAAGCUCGUGGCCACUAAUAUGAUCGCUAAUGGCAAGUUGGCAGAGGGUGUGCAGCUGCUCUGCCUGAUCGACAAGGCCGCGGACGCCUGCCGCUACCUGCAAACCUACGGCGAGUGGAAUCGGGCUGCAUGGCUCGCAAAGGUCCGUCUGAAUUCUGAGGAGUGCGCCGAUGUGCUGAAGCGGUGGGUGGACCACCUGUGCUCUCCCCAAGUCAACCAGAAGGCGAAAGCCCUCCUGGUCCUCCUCUCCCUGGGCUGCUUUUCCAGCGUGGCCGAGACGCUCCACAGCAUGAGAUACUUCGACCGGGCGGCCCUGUUUGUGGAGGCUUGUCUCAUGUACGGGGCGAUGGAGGUCGGUGAGGACACAGAGAGACUCAUUUCCGCCAUAUAUGCAGACUAUGCCCGGAGCUUGAGGAGCCUUGGUUUUAAACAGGGAGCCAUUCUGUUUGCUUCGAAAGCUGGAGCUGCCGGCAGAGAUUUACUGAAUGAGCUGGAAACCCCCAAACAGGAACCCGCCAAAGAGUGACAGGUUACCACGUGCCAGGAACUCUGACCCUGCAAGCCAGGUGAGGCAGGUGUCAGUCGUGCCGUGGUCAUCGUCACGGUCACAGCCCAGACUGGUGGGAACGCUGUCCCUCCAGCUUCUGAGGCUCCUGUGCAGCUGCGUCAAGUAUUUACAUCGUUUAUACCUUUAGGGCCCCAUCUCUCCUGUUUUCAUCUCAGAGAAAGAGGUGAACGCUUCAGGUUUGAAAGUGUGUAACGGUUUAUACUUUUGGGGAGAGAGCUUUAAUAGUCCAUGGAAAUACUUUUAAUUUUUUUAAACCUAAAAUUCAAGCGACUGAAUUACUUUUCUCAUUGAUUAAAUUUAAAGAUGUUUGAAAAAUCUGUAUUGUUUGUGAAACCUAUUCUCAGAUACGUGCUGUGCCUGUGUUUAUACAGUCACUUAAGAUACAAAUAGAGCAGAAAUACUCAAGACAGUAGAGAUGACUCCGAAGCAUUCCUGUUUCCUUGUUUUCUGACCUAGAAAACACACGACUGUCCAUUCCCUGGUUUAAGCAGUGGCUAGAUUUUGUACUUUCGGGCUCAUAGGCUCAUGGCGGAAUUUUAAGCGUGUUUUGUUCCAGAAUUUGCGGGGGUGGGGAUGUGUCUUGGAUAGUCUAAACUUUACCUCCUCUGUGGAGCAUCACGUAGCUGCCUGUUUGGAAUCUAUGCUUUAACUGUCUGUUAAUGUGAGGCGUGGCUAUUGAAAAUUGUUGCUGAGAACGCAGGUGUGUGUAACUCGGAAGCAACCAAUAAAAUGGAAACUCCA